AUGGCUUCGACAGCGCAGAUACAGCUACCCAUCUUCGAUAUAUCCAGUACAACUGCGGCUGUGGGCAAGGAUGUACUCGAGGCUGCAACUCAGUAUGGCUUCCUAUACGUCAAUACCGCCAGCAGCUGCUUUUCCAAGGAGGAGAUAGAUUCUACGUUUAAAAUGGCCAAAGAGUUCUUUGAUUCUCCUGUCGAGGAGAAACAAGAAGUAGAAAUCAAAGGAGAUAACACGGGCUGGUCAGCCAUGCACAGAGAGACACUAGACCCAGAAAACCAAGAGAGAGGAGAUUUCAAAGAGGCAAUCAACUUUGGCGAAUUCAAAAACCAUAAGGCUUCCCAACCACUUCCUAAAUCCCUUAUACCCCACGAAGCAGACAUAGACCACUUCACGACCCUAUGUCAGAAAACAUGCGAUCGAAUCCUCACUCUGCUCGCGCUAGGGUUAGGGAUACCAGCCGACUGGUUCUCGUCCCGCCACGACCCCUCCAAGGGCCCGUCAGGCUGCACGUUACGCUUUUUGCAUUAUCCAUCUAUCGAAUCACCGGAUACUGUAGGAUUUAAGCAUGGCGUUGACGUACGUGCCGGCGCCCAUAGCGACUAUGGGAGCAUCACGCUCUUGUUUCAGCGUGAUGGCCAGCCGGGGCUAGAGAUACUCACGCCAUCAGAUGAAUGGGCUGCUGUUCCUGUUCGGCCUGUUGGGGCUGAAGGUGGGAAUACGGGAGUUCCGCCUAUACUGGUUAAUAUAGGUGAUUUACUGAGCCAUUGGACAUGUGGGCUGUUGAAAUCGACUGUUCAUCAGGUUGUGUUUCCUGUGGAUGGGCAGGAGGGGUUUGGUUCUGGUUCUGAUUCUGCGUUGCGGGAUAGGUAUAGUAUUGUAUAUUUCUGCCAUCCUGUUCAUGAGACGGAACUUAUUUCUGUGCCGAGUAAGUUGGUUGAUGAGCAGCGUGAAAGGGGCCUGCAUGGUGAUGAUAAGGGGAUAGUCAAGGUGCAGACUGCACGCGAGCAUUUGGCUAGUCGAUUAGCCGCGACCUAUGGUGGGUCGACGGAGGAUUAUCACCGAGAGUAA